CAAAGGAGGUCAUCUUGGAAAGGAGCUGAAAUGCCUGGAUAGCAUGCACAAGCUGAUUUGGGUGAAGAUGAUGUCGCGCAUGUUCGAGGGUAUGGCCGGGAACUUCGCCUACUCCGGCGACAUUCACCUCUUCAUCAACGUGGUGAACGGCUGCUUGCUGCUGCACUGCGAAGACAGCGCGAUGCUGCGGCUCGUCAUGGCUACCUACAUCAGCGCCGCCCACCAGUUCAAGAACGUGUUCUCCAGCAACGGGUACCUGCUGAUCAUGCCCACCAUCCUUCAGGUGUACAGCAACCACCAGUCGAAUUCACUGCUCUGCAGGACUGUAGAGUUUAUCUGCAAGCAGUUCUACGUGCUACAUCGCAAGCCGUUCGUGUUGCAAAUGCUGGGAAGCAUUGCUCCCAUGCUGGACCUGAACACAGACUCUCCGUUCGCUGAUGCCAACAAGAUCCAGCCGGACACGCUGUUCCGUCUGCUGAUAUCUCUGGAGACGCCCUCGCCGGACCCGCUCAACACCAUCGAGCUGGUGACCAUCGAGAAGCCACUCCGCGCGCUCGACUUCUGCUACCACGAGGAGACGGACGACGUCACCAUCAUGGACGUCAUCAGCCUGUGCGUGACGGUGGUGGCGUACGCGGCCGACAGCCGGCGCGCGCACCAGAUGCUGAACGUGCUGGAGGCAGUGAUUCCGUUCUACCUGCGUCACGUAGAGCGCAUCUCUAGCGUGGCCACGUCGGCGGGCCCCAAGGCCGAGCUGAAGGGCGAGAAGGAGGUGAUCCACCAGCUGGCGCUGUCCAUCAAGACGCUCCUACACAACUGCGAGCCGUUGGCCAAGAACUACACGGGUCCGACUCGUGGCAGCACCGAGUUCAAGACGUCCAGCAUGAAGACGUUCACCAGGACGGCGGCGCAGGAGGCGCACAACGCCGCACUCGACCUGGACGAGGACUCACACUCGCGCAUGUUUGUCAGCGACACGAGACGCACCAACUUCAUGGAGCGUGAUAUGGAAGACUCCGAGGUGCUGCGCGAGGCCUUCCGUCGGCCGCGAGACACCCUGCUCAACAUCGUGGCCGACUUCCUUACCCGCUGCUCGGCCAGACUGCAGGAGCUCAGCAAGAAGCCGGUCGCUGGAAGCGAGAGCAAGCAGGUCGAGUUGCUGGAUGCAAAAUGCCACAGCCGUCUGGCAGAGAUCGCACACAGUCUGCUGAAGGUGGCCCCCCUACGAUCCGGAGACAAUGUCGUGCCGUGGCCUGGUCAAGUACAAUGA